AUGGUGCAUAACGUGCAAAUCGAACAAAUAAUCCCACAAGUUAGUCGAUUACGGAGUAUUGCCUCGCAGGUUAUAGCAUCGUUGUCAUCAAACUUUCUCCUACUUGAUAUUGGGAUGGCAGUCAACUUCACAACCAUAGCGUUACCAGUACUUCUUAACGCACCUGAUGGAUUAUCACUUAAUGAUAUUCAAGCGUCUUGGUUUGGCAGUCUCUUAUUUCUCACGCAACCCUUUGGAGCGGUCCUCUCUGGCCCUAUCGUAGAUUAUUUUGGAAGAAGGCUGGCAAAUUUCUUAGUUAAUUUGCCCCAUUUAAUAGCUUGGAUACUUAUGUACUUUGCGUGGAAUAUACCUACGCUGUUUAUAGCAACCGCUUUACUGGGAAUAGGAACUGGUAUAAUGGAAGCACCUAUUACCGCUUAUGUGGGAGAAAUAAGCGAACCGUCAGUACGCGGUGCACUAUGUACCUUCACUCAACUAUUUCUAUCACUGGGUACAUUUAUAAUGUUUUUCAUCGGAGCUGUUGUUGACUGGCGCCAUGCGGCGUUGAUUAGUAUUGCGGUUCCCUUAAGCGCAAUGGCUUUAGUGAUUUUUGUUCCAGAAACACCAGUAUGGUUGUUAUCACGUGGAAGAGAAAAAGAAGCUCUAAACUCACUCUGUAAGAUUCGGGGAUGGACAACCCCGGAUAACGUCAGAAAGGAGUUUGAUCAAAUAGUUGAGCACAAUAAAAAAUUACAAAACUGCGUCAUUUGCUACAAGUUAUACAAUCUAGAUACACAAACCUGCGAACACUUCACAAUGAACCCUAUCAGAAGAUCACUGUAUAAGUUCCGACACGUUAUUAUUACCAAGGAGACGCUGAGACCGUUGAUUUUCAUAAUUAUUUACUUCUUGUUCUACAUAAUGAGUGGUGUCACACCCCUGAAACCAAACUUAGUUAACAUCUGCGGUGCUUUUGGUAUGGCACAGGAUGGAAAAGAAAUUAUUAUAUACUUCGGCAUCAUAAGUAUAAUUGCAAGCAUCUUCAUCAUCGUUACGAUAAGGAAAGUUGGGAAACGUAAAAUGGCCAUGAUAUCUAUGCUUGGAACAGCCAUUUCCAGUACAGCUUUAAGCGUAUAUGCGAGAAAUAAUUUAAGUGACUCAGUAUUUUCCUACGACACCACAACCUUUCCCAAGGAACAGAGUUAUGUCCCUUUAAUUUUAUUCUACUUAAUGGCUUUUUUUUCUGGAACCAACUUACCAUGGAUCCUGGUUGGAGAAGUUUUCCCCUUCAGAAGUCGAGCAUCUGCUCAAUGUAUUUCCGUAGCAUGCUUCUACGUCUUCACUUUCAUCGGCACAAAAACUCUACUUGACCUGGAAACCCAUAUAAGGCUGUGGGGCACCUUUGCCGUUUACGCUGCAUUUGGCUUUCUUGGCACAAUUUUCUUGUACUUUUUCUUACCAGAGACAGAGGGCAUGAUUUUAGAAGAUAUAGAAGUGUUCUUUAACAGUGAUAAAAUACAAACGUUUGCUAAUGAUCCGGUGAUAAACAAGUUAAAACGAUUGACGAGAAGAAACCAUUCUAAAUAA